CGGGUUGCCGUGGAAACAGAGCCCGCCGUGCGGACUUAGCGACGCGCCCAGGCGCGGCCUUUGCUGCCUGCGGAGAGGGCUCUGGGGGCCAACGUCAAGAUGAUGCUUUCAAGGGCCAAGCCUGCUGUAGGUGGGGAACCACCACAGACUAACAAAAGGAAGAAGAAAGGCAGAAAGAUUCCCAAACUAGAGGAGCUACUUUCACAGAGAGAUUUCACUGGAGCUAUUACCCUAUUGGAGUUCAAGCGACAUGUGGGGGAACAAGAAGAGGAUACGAAUUUGUGGAUUGGAUACUGUGCUUUUCACCUGGGUGACUACAAGAGAGCUCUGGAGGAAUAUGAAAAUGCAACAAAAGAGGAAAGUUGCAAUCCUGAAGUCUGGGUGAACCUAGCCUGCACCUACUUUUUUCUUGGGAUGUAUAAACAAGCGGAAGCAGCAGGAUUUAAAGCUCCGAAAAGCCGACUCCAAAAUCGCCUGCUCUUCCAUUUGGCUCAUAAGUUUAAUGAUGAGAAAAAACUGAUGAACUUUCAUCAAAAUCUUCAGGAUGUCACAGAAGACCAGCUCAGUUUGGCCUCGAUCCACUAUAUGCGGUCUCAUUACCAAGAGGCAAUUGAUAUAUAUAAGCGAAUACUGCUGGAUAACAGGGAAUACCUUGCCCUCAAUGUGUAUGUAGCCCUCUGUUACUACAAGUUGGAUUACUAUGAUGUAUCUCAAGAAGUUCUGGCUGUUUAUCUCCAGCAAAUCCCUGACAGUACCAUCGCGCUUAACCUGAAGGCAUGUAAUCAUUUUCGCCUUUAUAAUGGCAAAGCAGCUGAGGCAGAACUCAAAAGCUUGAUGGACAGCGCUCCUUCCUCCUUUGAAUUUGCUGAGGAACUCAUCAGGCACAAUCUGGUUGUCUUCCGAGGAGGUGAAGGGGCUUUGCAGGUUUUACCUCCCCUGGUGGAUGUCAUUCCGGAAGCGAGGCUGAACUUGGUGAUUUACUACCUACGUCAGGAUGAUGUACAGGAAGCUUAUAACUUAAUUAAAGAUCUGGAACCUACUACUCCUCAGGAGUACAUCCUCAAAGGAGUGGUCAACGCAGCCCUUGGCCAGGAAAUGGGUUCGAGGGAUCAUAUGAAAAUUGCCCAGCAGUUCUUCCAGUUGGUGGGUGGAUCUGCGAGUGAAUGCGAUACAAUUCCAGGGAGGCAGUGUAUGGCUUCCUGCUUCUUCCUGCUUAAGCAGUUUGAUGACGUCUUGAUUUACCUCAACUCAUUUAAGAGUUACUUCUACAAUGAUGACAUCUUUAAUUUUAAUUAUGCCCAAGCCAAAGCUGCAACAGGCAAUACCAGUGAGGGUGAAGAGGUGUUCCUCUUGAUCCAAAAUGAGAAGCUGAAAAAUGACUACGUCUACCUCAGCUGGUUAGCUCGCUGCUAUAUCAUGAAUAAGAAACCAAGACUAGCCUGGGAACUUUAUCUCAAGAUGGAAACCUCUGGCGAGUCCUUCAGUCUCUUACAGCUCAUCGCUAAUGACUGUUACAAGAUGGGCCAGUUUUACUAUUCAGCCAAAGCUUUUGAUGUCCUGGAGAGGCUGGACCCGAACCCGGAAUACUGGGAAGGCAAAAGGGGUGCGUGUGUGGGCAUUUUCCAGAUGAUCCUCGCUGGGCGAGAACCCAAAGAGACCCUCCGAGAAGUGCUCCAUCUGCUGAGAAGCACGGGAAACACCCAAGUGGAAUACAUCAUCCGGAUCAUGAAGAAAUGGGCCAAGGAAAACAGAGUGGCUGUCUGAAACAGCUCCAGGGACCCCGUCCUAAGACCCAGCUCUGUGCUGACAUCAAGUCAGAAAUCACUUUCCUCAAGUCGAAAUAAGUCGCAGGGUUCUAUUCGAUUGCCAUUUCCCUCCUCGCCUUCAGGCCUCACGGGGUGAUUGCCCGUGUAGCCCUAACCCUGCCUAAACAAAGCACCGGCUUUGUGCCACGGCCCCAGGUGACCCCAUAAGCAAUAAGACUUCAGACUUCUCCAGUGCCUUUCUUCCAGAAAUACUCAAGUAUUUGUCCAUGAUUUACUGGCUUUACCAAGAACACCAUAGUCUUUUUUUUUUUUUCUUUUUACGAUAGCAUUUCGUGACAUUUUCUCCCAGUGGCAAUAACAAUGCUUUCGAUGCUCAAAAAUCA